AUGCCGAGAAAGGCCGUUGACACCAGCAGCUCCAUUGCGGAGGGUCUCUCUUCGGACAAGAAGGAGGCCAUGACACAGAUUCUGGAUCGCUUGGAGAACCUUUCGGACAAGAGCGGACGACUGAUAGCCGAUCUGUUCAUGGAGCUGCCGGAUCGCGAGGAAUACCCGGAUUAUUAUUUGACAAUAACGAACCCUAUCGCACUGGACAUAAUUCGCGAUCGUGUGGAGAAGAGUGCCUAUGACAACGACAACAUCAAUCAGUUCGCAAAGGACCUCAGGACACUCACCGCGAACGCUAAGGAGUACAAUCGAAAGGGAUCUCCUAUCCACCGGGAUGCCACGACUCUCGAGAGUCACAUCGAGGCUGCAAUGCAAGUGCUUUUGGAUGACGGUCAGCAGGAGGAACAGAUUCAAUUUUCGAUCGAGUUCUGCCACCGUGUAUUAGGCGUGAUCAAGAACCACAAGGACACAAGUGGCCGUUUGGUGUCUGAACUCUUUCUCGAGUUGCCCAGUCAGGAUGAGUACCCGGAUUACUAUGAGGAGAUCACUCGACCCAUUGCGUUGGAUGGAAUCAAGAGGAAAAUCAUCAGCCGAGCAUACACUACUCUGGAAAGUUUCGAGGACGACUUUGAACAAAUGUUUGAGAACGCGAAACAGUACAACGCCGAGGGCUCCGACGUUUACAUGGAUGCCGAGGAACUGCAACAAUUGUUCUGGAAGGAGAUCGGCAAAGAAGGAAAGAGCUCGACAAAAGCAAAAAACGCAAGGAAACAUGUCAAGGAGCUGUUGCAGGUUGCGGUGCGCGGAGUAACCUACAGCGUCGGUGACUUUGUGCAUCUCAGGAACGAUGAUGACCGCACCAAGCCCAUCAUUGCUCUCAUCUUCAGCAUUUGGAUCGACGAGAAUGGGCAAACGGGCUUGGAUGCGACAUGGUUCUUGCGGCCGGAUCAAAUUGUUCACCCAUAUGCCAGUCGAUUUUACCCUUCAGAGGUCCUCAAAGCAGGAACCCAUGAGCACUUGGUAGAUGAGAUUGAGGAAAAGUGCUUCGUGUUAUAUACCAGGGACUACAUUCGAGGACGGCCAGUAGAGUGGAAGCAGGGACAGAACAUCUACUUGUGUGAGCAGCGUUACAGCGAGUCAUACAAGACGGUGUCCAAGAUCAAGAACUGGGCCAGCUGUCUCCCUCCAGGCCACAAGCCUAGCGACAUCAAGUUCAACCUUUUCCCAGAGCCUUUGGCGCUCAAGAAGUUGCCAAGUGCAUCGAUGAUGGACAAGGCUGCCGGGAAGCAUGAACUUGUAGAAGAUGCCUCGCGCGCAAGUACACCACAGGAGGCCAACUCUGUUGUGGCAAGAGGUGCCACUGGGGGAGCCAACAAGCGCAACUCUGUCAACCAGCAUCCUGGAUCGCCGCCUCUGACAAAGGGCGCGCACAUGGGCAACGCCCACCCACCCAACUGGGUUCGUUGCAACUAUGCAAGUCUCAGCACCGGCCUGCAAUGCCCCGCUGUUUUCCAAACCAAGGCCGAUUUGCAGAACCAUGUGGCGACUGAGCAUGCAAUUACAGCGAAUGUUACUUCACCACCAGUCAUGAAGCGUGGACGACCCAGGAAAAACCCCCUCCCAGCAACAGCUACGACCGCUUCCCCGGCUGUACCUCAGACAACUGGGGUCCAGCAGCCCAUGAUGGGCCAGUCAGGCGCAUACCAGCAACAGGGCUAUGGCUUUAACCCUGCAGGACCCUAUGGUAGCGUCUCACCGCGGCCAGGAAUGCCUGGCCAGCCUAACCCAGGAUACCCUCAACAGCAGCCGCCUAUCCAUCAUAUGCAGCAGCAACCGCACCAGAUGGCUCAGCAGCAGCAAAGAGGAAUGUCUUACCAACAACAGCCAUUCAGUCAGCCUAUGCAGCCUGGUCAACAGCGUCCUCAAGGAUUUCCCCAGGGUGCGCCUUAUGGACAACCUUAUGGCCAGCCUUACCCUCAGCAACCUGGCCACCCUCAACACCAGCAAUAUCCUCAACAACCCCAGCAAUUUGGUCAGCCUCAGUUCCCUCAACAAGGAUUCCCUCCCCAAGGCUAUCCUCAACAGCAGCAAUAUCCAGGAGCAUUUUCGCCUCAGCAGCAACAACAACAAUAUGCAAUGCAACAACAGCAGCAGGUACCGCAGUACGGCCAGCCAUUCCCAGGACAGCCACCGCAGUUGCAGCAACAGCAGCAGCAACAGCAACAGCAACAGCAACUGGCUCAACAGCAGGCGAUGCAGCAGCAACUCGCUCAGCAGCAACAACUGGCGCAAAAGCAGCAAUUGACGCAACAGCAACAACUUGCGCAGCAGCAGCAGCUUGCACAACAACAGCAGCUAGCUCAGCAACAACACUUGGCUCAACAGCAAGCUUUGCAACAACAGCAGCAGCAGCAGGCGGCAUUACAGCAACAGCAGCAGGCGGCAGCUUUGGCCAAGCAGCAGCAACAACAACAACAGCAAUUGGCGCAACAACAGGCUAUGCAGCAGCAGGCUUUGCAGCAACAGCAGAAAUUGCAACAGCAACAGAUUCAACAGGCACAGCAGCAUUUGCAGCAACAUCCUCAGCAGCCACAGCAGCAGCCUGUAAUUCAGUCACCUCCUUUCCAACAGGCACACGCACAGAUCCCCGUGUCUUCCCCUCAACAGUUCCAGAAGCCCCUUCCACUGCCAUCACAACAGCAGCCCCAGACACCGACUCAGCAGGUUCCACCGUCACAACAGUUACCCCCAAUGGCAUCGCCUGGACCCUUCAACAACCAUAUCAGAUCCAACUCUAUCGGAUCGCCUCAUACGCCUACAGCUACACCGGCUUCGACUAUUACUACACCUGUGGACGCCGCUGGAAUGGGAUUGUCUGGCAUGAAUGUAAACCUCAACAAUGCCGACCAUGGACGCCUCACGCCUGUGGUGAAGGAAGGGUCAUCGACAGUCCUUGCGCCCAAGACGAUCGAUUUGUUUGCGCAUAACGACAAGGGACACGUGUUUUGGUUUGCAGGACCUCCACUAGAUGUGAUACCUUUACCCAAGCCUCACCAUUCGGUAGAAUACUUGACGGCCAAGCGUCAGAAGCUCCAGAACGGCAAGGCCUCGAGUCGUAGUAGGAAGGAUGGGAAUGGGUCUUUGGUGGACAGCGGUGCUCUGACGAAUGGUCUUCGUGGAGGACCAAUAUCAGCGGAAGAUAAUGUUCUGUCUGUAGUUGCCGUGGGUCUUGAGGCAUUAAGCGACCAACUCAAACAGGAUGUGCAAGUCAUUCAGACCAGCUAG